GUCGGACAGGAAGAGUGCCGCCGACACACUGCCUGUGGUCUCCCAACGGACGUCUCCCGCUUCGAAUGCGGCGAGGACAGGCGUGUAUCGUCAUCCUUGCCUUAUCCGGAGUGCCAUGAUCAUUUAUGUUGUGCUGUGCUCUUAUGUCGUUUACAUUUUUUGGGACUCUGAUCCCACCGGGCCCGACUUCUCUCAUCUCGCUAGUCAUUGCGCACACAUCACUCCGAUACCCGCGCAGUCCUACAUCGAACGUCAAGACGCGCUUGCACGGACCCUCGCCUCCGUUAACGCCGCGGCCUACAUUGCGGAGCCUGGAGCCAGCGCGGAAUACUUUGCCAACAUCUCUAGCAGCCACUGGCACCUCUCAGAGCGUCCUCUCCUGCUCGUAGUCCAGCCCACCACGGACGAGCAUGGCGAAACACGGGCAAACGUUUCCGUCUUGACGCCGUAUUUCGAGGAGACCAGGGCGAGGCUUCUACCGAUCCCGAGCGACGCUGGGAUUACCUACACGGCAUGGCCCGAGGACCACAACCCCUACGAGCACGCUCUCUCGCUACUACCUAAGCUCGCAGGCGCUACCAUCUACGUGGACGGCAAUGUCAGAACAUUCGUCACAGACGGUCUGCAGAAGGCCGCGCCAAAGGCCUUGGUAUCGAGCGCGCCCGUCGAGGUCCGGCGGCUUCGUGAGCGCAAGAGCACCGAGGAGAUCGAUAUCCUCAAAUGUGCGAACGAGGCAACAGUGCUGUCCAUACGAGCGGCACGAGAACAUAUGAAGAUCGGCAUGCGAGAAUCAGAGGCCGGUCAGCUUGUGACUUCCGCUCUGACGGCUGCUGGCCUGAAAGGCGGAUUCGCACUCACCCUGUUUGGAGAAAAUGCUGCCUUGCCCCAUGGGACCGGAACCAACCGCGUUCUUGGCAAGCACGACUUCGUCCUCGUCGACUGCGGGGGUUCGCUUCAUGGGUAUGAGAGCGACGUAACCAGGACAUUCGCGUUACCGGACUCGGUCAUUCCGUUGAGGUACCAAGCUCUGUGGGGGAUUGUGCAUGCGGCACAGCGAACUGCGCUUGAAGUAGCUGCCAACGGCACUAUCACGUCUGCCGUCGACCAAGCGGCACGCAAGAUCAUCAAGGAGGCCGGUUACGGCGAGUUCUUCACGCACCGUCUCGGUCAUGGCAUUGGUCUCGAAGGCCACGAGUCACCGUACUUGGUCGGUGGGUCCGAUGACGUUAUUCUGACAGGACACACCUUCUCGGACGAGCCAGGAAUUUACAUUGAGGGCAAGGUCGGCGUCCGGCUGGAGGACUGUUUCUACAUCGACAAGAAUGGCGUAGCACAGUAUCUUACUGCAGGGGUAGGGGCUCCGGCUAGUAGCCCAUGGACCCCGUAGGAUGGUUGCCAAUACCUAUAGCACUCUAGCUUUGAUUUGUAUCUGGAGGUUAUUUGUGG